GCUGUUGUUCCGGUGAUUGAGUUCCAGGCUGGGACUAGGGCUUGGCCUCUGCAACAUGGCGACUGCUACGUCCUCAACCAGUCUGCUCUGUGUACACCCACUGUCUUCAAGGAGCCCCUCCCAGACUCCCUUUGGGGAAUUCGAGCCUCCUGUUUCCCUCACCUACACCAAACCUGGAAACGGAAGUGAUCCUAAAACCGUUUAAGUUGUAGCCCUUCCCUGUGACAUCUGUAUUUUUUCCCGAAGCAGAGUCAUUAUUGAGACUACUGAUUCAAGCUACAGAGGUGAAGCUAGCAGCCCUUGUCUGAGUGACAUUUUAAGGACGCUCCUGUGGGUGCUUGAAAGCAGGCCAGGGGCAGAGUCACCUCAGAGUGUGGCUUUGUGGUUCUCAUCCUUUGCAGGAGGCCCAGGCCAGGUGUGUGUUGAGGCGAUGAAGAGAGUUAUUGAUCCGCCUGUGCCUGGGUGCCCAAGGGCAGCUACCCCAAAACACCGGGGAUGCAUUGAUAAUCUGCGUUUUUAAUAAGCCUUAGGCGAGGUCAUGCUGCUUGUGAGCUGUGCCAGUGGUGCACCUCCUCCUUCCCUUGCAAAGUAAACGUCAUCUCAUUACACCCUUGUUUCUGUGUUAUGUUUCCUUCCUCUUUGAACAAGAAUAACUGUUGUUUCAUGGAUGUUUCAUCUGGAGGAUGUCAGGGAGGGAGGGGAGAUCUCCUUUCCACCCAGCCGACCGCCAGGCCCUUACGACUUUCCCCAGAAAAAUAAAUCCCAAAUGAUCUCAGCAUCAUGAAUGGAAGGUUAAGAGGAGACAAACCACAAAACCCUCUUCCUGAAAGCCUGCGCGGCUAGGUGAUGCCAGCAAGAUGGCAUCGGGGGAGAAUCAGAAGGAUGCGGAGCUGUUGAAGGGCAGAGAUGAGGAUGCGGCAGGUGUUCCAUGAGCAGGGCAUCCUCUUCGGCUACCGACAUCCACAGAGUUCCGCCACGGCCUGUCUCCUCAGCCUUUUCCAAAUGACCAAUGAGACCCUCAACAUCUGGACGCACUUGCUGCCCUUCUGGUUCUUCAUGUGGAGGUUUGUGAGCACCCUGCGUGUGACGGACGUCCUGAAUGACAGCUACUCCUGGCCUCUGCUCGUGUACAUGGGCGCCAGCUGUGUGUACCCCCUCGCAUCCAGCUGUGCACACACCUUCAGCUCCAUGUCCAGGAACGCCCGGCACAUCUGUUACUUCCUGGACUACGGCGCCGUCAACCUCUUCAGCCUGGGUACGUCAGGCGCUGCUCUUGUCUCCUCUUCCCUGGGACUGAACCACCUGCAUCUUCCCCUGGGAGCUGGGGUCACCAUGAGGCUCUGGUGGGCUUCCGGAAGAGUCACCGCAAUGCCAGUGCCCCUGCCCGGGUGCCUGAUGAGUGUUUUAUAAGAAACUUGUCCAAAGGCCUUCUGGCAAAUAUUUAACAACUGGCUCUCUGUGGACAAAAGUCCCGGUCCGUGGUGUUGGCAGGUUUGCUGUGGUGUAAAUACUCCUGCCACGGCCGGCUUCAAGCCGACAACAUCACUGAACACAGGGCUGGGGAGAGAUGCAUGGCAGGUCCCCAUUACGUAGCAAUUCCUCUGUACAGAUACAGCGGAUGCAUUGACUGAACAGUUGUUACUCUUGUUAAUAUGAUGGAUAGCAUUGUAAGUUUAUGUCAUUCAAUUUUUUUUUUAUAAAUUUUAUGUAUGUAUGUAUGUAUGUAUGUAUUGGCUGCG